CAAUCCAUGUUUUGCCAUCACAUUUAAGACCGUUCUUUUGGCUUGUUCCUGAUACCACACGAGCAGAACUCUAGUCCCAGAAACAGACCCGCAGAUAUUGGUAUUCACGACACGUAUUUAAUUUUUCUGAACAUCUUCUAAUCUCGAGUUUUAAAUGCACCAGGAUUCGCUUGGAAAUACUACGGAAAACGAGAAGCAAUCCACACAAAGAGGGGACACCAGCAUCAAUGCAUUGCCGUUGGAGAUUUUCAUUCUUAUAUUCGCCCAUGUUUCCCCAGUGGACCUUAAGGAUUUAAGAUUGGUGUGUCGUAAAUGGAAUGACGUGAUUCUGGACAAUGGGACAUGGAUCCGGGCGUUUGAUAACCGUCUAGGCACAGGCAAAAUUUUUGCAUCAACCACUCGAUCAAAUAUCUGGAUUCAGGAGUACUUUGGAAGGAUGGCUGCCAUUCGCCGAUGGGCUAAGGCAAAGGCUUUUUCGCGUCUGUAUCAACUUGUGAAUAAUCUGUUUGGGCGGAUCACUCAGGUUGAGACAGACUUUGUUAAUGACAGGCUCUUGACAUUUUCCCAGUUUUCCGGUACCAUAUCUCUGUGUUCAUUGACUCUGGGUAAAAAUCAAGUCUUCAUACCGGAGAGUAGCUUGUUUGGCGAGAUCGUAGCCUUCGACGUCACGUGGAAUUAUUCCUGUGUUGCCAAUACGAACGGAGGACUUUUUUUGAAAAACUUGAUCACCGCAACUGCGUCGGGCUCGAACCAAUCUUCGGUUAAAAAAAUAGCACAAUCCGAGUUUCCAUUUGCCGCAGUGAAACUCAACAAGUUCCUGGAUAAGAACAGGGAAAAACCUGAUGUUGUGUCACUAACUCAAGAUGGAGCUUUGAGUUUCUGGAGUAUAUCAGGGAAGCUUGUUGCCAAUUUGAACUUACACGGUACAACAUUAGACUUACGAACAGACUUCAAGACGGUAGUCGUUAUUUCUCAAGACUUUUUGCAUGUCAUCGAUCUCGUGCAGGCAACGGUUGUCACCUCAUUCCAACACGGUUGGCGCUUCAAUUCAUUACCAAUUGCGUUUGAAGUUGAUUUCCACGACCACAAUGUUGUUGUUGCUGACAAGACUCUGUUUAAAGUGUUUCACUAUAAUAAAAAGCAUUGCAAAAUUCUGGAAGAAAGUGCACCAGAGGGACUCUCGAUCAUCGAAGGGACCAUGCAAGAUGCCGGUUUUCCAAGAAAUCAAGAUAUUGCCGGAGGCGAUGGCCUUCUCUUUGCCCUCACCUUUUCAGAUGGAAGCGUUGGCGUUGUCAACAUACGAGACCUCGAUGGCACGAUUCCGUUCAAAACUCGAAUUUUGCCUUUUCGUGAUGAUCGUGCCCCACAAGGAAUCGAAUCCUAUACGAAGGUCGCAUUGAACAGCACCGUCAUUGCUAUUGGAGCAUUGGCAGAUUGGAUCCAUUUCUAUGAUGCCCAUUCUGGCAAAUACUUGAGGGAAGGGACAAAAAUUUCUAGAAAGUUCACGAGACAAGGAACAAUGCCCAUUCUGAAAAUUCAAUUUUCACCCAAUGGCUUCUCUGGCGUUGUUGUCAGUGAUGACGCUAUCCAGUAUUUCCGAUAUGGUGAGGACCUUAUAGUAAAGAAGAAGCCUUUUGCGCCACAGGCUGUUGAUUUGAAAUCUCGAAGAACAGUGAAUCAGCACAUCAAAUCCGAAAUGGCUGACUACAACGAACAGGUUAAUCAAAAGCUCCAAGAAGAUAUCCUUCUCGAUAAGUAUAACGGCGUUAAAUUCGACGACGAACAAGAUGAGCUUCGAGUUGCAUUGGCCUUGAGUAUUAGCUGCGGCCAAAACGGGCAGGAUGUGUUAAAUGAUAAGGAUGACAGUGAUCUUGCCGCAGCGCUAGCUUUACUGGAAGAAGCAUCUAAAAUGAACUCGUUUACACUGGAUGAAGAUCUAGAAUUGAGAGCUGCCUUACGAUUGUCGGAGUCGGAAAGUUAUCGUAGUGUUCAUGGGCUUGAAACAUCUCAAUCUGAGGGACUGAGCAAUUCCCUACAUAUGGACAGACAAUUGGAAUCGUUACAAAAUGAUUCAGAGGAUGAGGUCUUGCGGAAGAUAAUCGAGCUUUCCAUGUUGGAGCAGUAGAAGUGGGACAGGGUUUAAAAAAGUCACAGGGAAAACUGUCACUCGCAAUGUCCAUGAAACAUUCGAAAAAUUAGGUUUCAUGAGAUUGCCGAUCGAAUAUUUGACUAGGAUGGAGGUUCUCUGUUUUUCAUUGUCAGUGGUAAAGGUGAACAGCUAGUCACGGAGUUCAAAAGACGGGAAAGAAAUCCGACUUUUGCCAGCCACUGCAAUGGAAAUUUUGGUUUCGUUCAUAAUUGAAGUUUUGACUUCGAUGUUCUUCAUAAUUACAGAGGUUAGAAUGGGGCGCACCGCACGAGCAUUUGAUCUGAAACACUUUCGAUUACUGAGGCACGCUAGACAGGAAUCACAUACCUGCAUUGUCCGACCCAAGUUUCCCCGCAAAAAGCUGAAUAGACAAUAUAGUUUAACACAAAACACUUGCAGGCGUUUAUAUAAAAUCUGUUUCCUAUUCCCUGUGACAGCAACUUAUGAUUAUUCAUUCAAUC